CGCAGAUAUACAUAAUUUCGCCCAUUAAAACUUUGUAAAGUGGAAUAUAUGUGCUUUAGUACGCGGGCACUCAAACUUCGAACUUCAUGGUUCACAUUUCGGCGCUGCACACGAUUGUCACGCCGUUGUGGACAAGGUGUCUGUAUUUAAGGACUUCAACGGGAUAAUCUUGUAGUAUCGUUUCAUGGCGUGUGUUGUUGUCCAUGCGGGUGCAGGAUACCAUUCAAAAUCUAAUGAGAAGAAGUAUAAUAGAUUAUGUUCUGAAGCUUGUUUAAUUGCCUCCGAGCUUCUGACUGUUGAACGUAAGCAUGCUGUGGAUGCUGUAGAGGCUGCUGUUGCCUACUUAGAAGACUGCCCACUGACCAAUGCAGGAAUCGGCAGUAAUCUAACUAUAAACGGGUUUGUUGAAUGUGAUGCAGGAAUAAUGAGUGCUUCUGCGCGUCGGUUUGCUGGAGUUGGAGCCGUUCGAGAUAUACGAAAUCCUGUGAAAGUGGCACGACUUCUUCUGCAAUCACAGAUCGAUUGCCCUUUGGGUGAACUUGGACGUGUCCCGCCAUCUGUACUUGUUGGUGAUGGGGCUCACCUCUGGGCAGCUUCAAAAGGAUAUUCUAUUGAUAACUGUAAUCUCACCACAAAGGCUUCACAAUUAUCGUGGGAGAAGUACAGAAGUUGGCUAGGCAUCGGUGAACCAACAGAUGAGAAUACGGAAUCCACCCAUUCUAUGUCGGAAUAUAGCUAUUUGUGUGAAUCCAAGAGAUCUCGCUUUGACACCGUGGGUGCUGUAUGUGUUGACUUAGAAGGGAAUAUUGCUUCUGCGGUGUCUAGUGGUGGCAUUGCAAUGAAAUAUGAAGGCCGUGUCGGCCAGACAUGCAUAUACGGAUGUGGUUGCUGGGCCGAAGAACUCAGCCCGUCUUCUGGAGUUGGUGUUGUCACUUCUGGUACCGGUGAGCAGUUAGUAAGAACCCAGCUUGCUCAGCGUUCUGCCGAACGAUUCACUGGUUCGUCAAUCUGUGUUCCAGAUGCAGUUCAGUCAUCUCUCAUUGAUGGGUUUCUAAACUCGAAAUUUCUUUCAUCGGAUGCUGAGAAGUCUGCUGGGAUAGCUGGAGUGUAUUCCAAUUUUGAAUGUGGGAAUCGUCCGGUUAUGGAGGUAUUUUUUGCACAUUCAACAAAGUCGAUGAGCGUUGGCCAUUACUUACCCAGUAUUAUGACAAAACCAUCUGUUCGAGUUACGCGGAAACAACCUGAUAAACCCAUAUACUUGGAGGUUUCAUCAUAUUGCUUACAAGAGAUUGGGUGAUGAUUCUGUUUUCCGGUGUCCUACCUUCAGCGGUUGGCAUGCACUGAUCCGAAGUGUUUUGGGGUUGUUGUUUUGAUGUUAGUUAACUCCUGAUUUGCAAUCUCAGGUAAGAAGAUUCGUGCCCCACAUUCUAUUUACAGUUUAUUUUCUCAUGUUAAUUAAAUUUACAUGGAAUUGUCAGUUUGCUAAGUUGUUCUGUUGUUUUCGUUAUUUUCAGUUAUAACUUGAAUUUACGAUUAUCUUCAGGAGGUCGUUUUACAUUCUAAUUUUUGGUGUACGUUAUCACAGACAGAACACGACACAGUAGAACGUUCCCAUUAGUUAUCAUUUCUCCAAGUAUAGAAGAAUAAGAGUUGUGUAAUGCUGGAUGCAGAAUUCUUGUUUGUGACUGGAUUUUGGUGUAAUGUACGUUGUGUAUGGGAAAUAUUCGCGGUGAAUACUGUAUCCCGCAGUAUGUUUUUUCAAAGUGUCGAUUGAGUCAGUUCAUGCUACUCUGCGUACUUUUCUCUGGUGCAUAAUAAUUGAAUUUUACUAGCAAAUUGAGAUGUAGAAUUUAAUGUUGUGACGGUCGUCCUCUACCUCACGGAAGGUUGUUUGUAAAUGUCUUUGCAGUUGUGUGGACUUAAUUUGUACAGUAGUUCUAUGUCAUCUUUAUUAUCACUAUCAUCUUUCAAUAACGUAUCUGUUUGGAUUUUUGGAAACUGCUUUGUAAGUGCAUGUGUAGUGUGACCAUUGAGCUAAAUGACAUUACCUCAGGGUAAACUCCAUUCAAUGCUAGAAAUUAAAGGUGAUUUGUAGGGAGGUUCUGGUCACACUCCUUUGCUUGUUACCACUCAAUAUAUCUAGGUUUAUUAUCCGGGAUUUUGAGGAGAGUGUCGGAUGUAUGUCGAGUUCCGAGGAUAAAACAUCAAACCACUCAUCCAACAGUACAGGAGUUGAGAGUGAUGUGCGUGUUAUAACAACGAGUUAGUAACCAGCUAACAUAAUCGUCAGACUGUAUGUACUGAUCGAUUUUGGUUGGUUGGAUAUGCGUAUUAGCAUACUUCUUUUAGACCAAUUUCCCUAUUGUUGAGAUGUCAUUAGACACACUGAGUAAUAUAACUGAAUGCAUAACCUUUUUUCUCUCAUAUAUGCAUUGGUGAUCUUCCAGGUGUUAUUUAAUACAAACUUUUCUCUUUUCAUUAUAAUAGCAUACAAUUAACAGCACCUAAGGAAGACAGCGUAGCGUCUGUUGAAGAAAACUAAAUCCUAUCCCGGUUUUCAAAGAUCUUAACUUGAACGUCGUGUAACAUUUGCGUAUAAACUAUUCGGACAUUCUCAUCAUUUGUGAUGUUGUAGAUUGACUUUUCGAACCCUUUUUGUGUCGUUGUUUUUGUAUAUAAUUUUCUCACACAUAAAGCUUUGGUGUAUUC